AUGUCUCUUACAAAAGUGAAAGAAAAAAUGGCCAAAUUAAAAGACGAUACUGAGCAAGCAGAAGAGAGAGAGGCUGACGCAAAAUCUUUGCUGAAAGAUACAAAUGAAAAGGCUGAAAGAGACCAGAACGAGGCCGAAGGAUUAAAGCGAAGGAUUACGCUGCUAAAAGCUGAUCUUGCGAAGACAACAGAGCGCUUGGAAGAGGCGGAGGGAAGACUAGGCGAGAUCACCCAGAAAGGCGAAAACGAAGAGAUGGUUCGUAAAGAAUUGGAGGAGGUUGAAGUGGAGGGGGACGAGAAAAUCAGCAUGUUGGAAGAAAGCUGUGUCGAAGCCGCCAAGGAAAGGGAGGAAAAGGUUCACCUCCUGAACGAAGCCUCGCGCCGUAUGGUGGUAAUCAAACGCGAUCUGCAGACUGCUAAAGAGAAAGAAGAAAAAUAUUUAGAUACAUACGAAAAAUUGAAGGAUACCUUGAGAAAUUUCACCGAACAAACUAAGGAACUGGAGGAAUUAGACGAAGAGGCUAGCGAGAAGGAGAAGCUAAGUGAAGAAAAGAUGAGGUUUCUGAAGGAACAAGUUAAAGAAGCCAACGGUAGAGCAGAAGUAGCCGAGAGGGAAGUUUGCAAACUUGAGCGGCUAAAGGAGGAAACGACCUCUGAAAUAAAAAAUUGGGGUGGAAAGAUAAAAGAAAUAGUGCAGGAGAUGGACGACAUUACAUGUUUGGACGACGAAAUGUGAAUUUUUACGUACGUGAGUCUGUAUUCAGUUUGAACGAAGUCUUUUGGUACUUGAUUAACACCCAGCUGAACUGACUUGUGAGGAGAAUUUUUAUGUAAUCAGGCACAGUCAUGGAGUCCAUCCCUUUAGUUUUCAUUUUCUAUCGUAAAAUGUUUCCGAAAUUUUCAUUAAGGCAUUUAUGCAAAUAUAAAAAAAGCUAAAUGUAAUCCAUUUGGCUUAUUUACUCAUUCGAGGUGUUGAUUUUCCAGCUUCUCAAGGAAACAACGAAAUGUUUUGUUUUCCGCUCUCCCGCAGUGCAGGUUAAGACCACUUAUUGUUACGUGAUACUUAAACGUCGGAAUAGUUUGUAUUUCUUAUAUUUCUUUCGUGUGCAUUUGUAUUCAAUUGGCCAUUUUGUUUAUCUUAGUCAGAAUAAUUAACGACCUGAAAUUAAAAUUUUGUAUUUAAAUAAUCGGAACACUGUUUCUUUUAACUGCUCCUGGGACUAUGUCGUUAUUUUACUUGAUAACCUCUGAGUAACACUGUUUUCUAUGCUUGGGUUUCAUGGUAAUUUGCGGUCAUGCUGUGAGGGUUCCGAUGUUGUAUGAUGACCGCUCACAUGGACAAAUUUCCUAUAUUUGAACCUGGCUAGAUCUAUUAUGUCUCGUAUGCUAUUUCGUAACUAAAUAACGGGAAAUGUUCGGAAUUUCUACCUGAAUCAAAAAGACAAUUUAGUAUUUUAGGGAAAUUUAUUGCGUGUGAUAGCUGCAGUAAAAAAUCACACCGCGGAUUUUGUCGUCUCCUGUCCUGAUCGAACGUCGGCUUGAAGUCUGUCACGCAAUUCAGCGGGUGAACUGAACUCAUCAUUAGGCCUAUCCAAUAUUUUUAGAUAGUGGUGUAGAUAAACGAUUGUAUGAAUAAAUUCGCAAAACAGAGAUAAGAGAUAAGAGAAAAGUUUAAUAAUAACAGACUCGGCAGAAUAAUAGCUGGCAGAAAAGCCCCCUACAGCUCGCCCGCCCCUCGCGCUCUCGUCGUGUUUGCAUCGUUUGUUUGAAAAGCGCAAUAAAAUUACGCCUGUUUGAGUUGUUGGGUGAGAAAUAUGUAAAAGGAUAAAUAAUUUAAUUAAUCACUUGAGAGUAUGCCGAUAAAUAACUCGAUAAUUUGGAGAAGAAUCGCAACUCGACUGAUGUCACGGACGUCCAAUGCACUGGGUUGUGAUAAAAAAAGUACUCGAUUCCACUCCUUCACUUCCAGCAUAGAAUUUCGCGACGUCAUAAACUGUCAGCGGAAUUCUUCGAAAUUUACACUCGGAUUAGUUGACGCAACAUGAGAGAGAAAUUGCGAACAAAUUACGAGGAGUGAUUCCAUCGCAGGUUUAGUGAAAGCCUAGGGGAUAAAUAUGUUUACAAUGAGGUUAGCAGGUAGAUGUUAUUCAGCUUAUUAUUGCACCUUAUCGACCUUUUCUCUCCAGAAUUUGUCAAAGAGUGCGGGUCGAUUUCCAGGCAAGAGAUUCAAAAGAUAUUUUCAAAACGAAACUAAGGCCUGGAGAUCGUGGGAAGGGACAUCAAAGGCACCUGGUAUUACUGGUAAGUUUCAGCCAUGUUUUAUCGCAUUUUUUUGAGCAAAUUUGAACCUAGUUAUUUAAUUGAGCUUACAUUCACUCCAUCUUACCGGGAAUUAUGAUAAUUUCAAAUCUCGUUUAUUUUUUUGGUCUACAUUUGUAAAAUUUUAAUAGCCUCUGGCUAAGUCAGAAGAAUUCAAACCUAUGUAUCACUGACGUUGAGGUGGACAGUAACCUGAUGACUUAACGGCUACCUUUGCGUCGGUAUAGAGGGAGAUUCUCAGAUAGCUAGUAAUGCAAUGACUUAAUGGCUAUAUUUGCAUCCAUAAAAGGAAUUCUAAGAUGGGCUGAAACACAACGACUUAACAGCUACCUUACCUUUAUACCUUGCCUACCUUUAUACCGAUACAAAUGUAGCCGUUAAGUUGUUGCACUAUUGGCUAUCUUUGAAUCUCCCAUUAUAUGGAUGCAAAUGUAGCCAUUAAGUCAUUGUGGCUAUCCAUCGCAACUUCGUGUCAAUUUAAGUGUGUCCCUACGUUUCAUGGGUCGUUAACCCUGUAACUCACAGAAGUGAUUGACAAGUAAUUUCUCCCUAUAAUAUCCAUACAUUAUCCAGCAAGCAGGUAAUGAGAAUACUCAAACUUAUCAGGUAGAAGUUAAUAUUUUGAUCUAACACUUAAUUCUUCCAACUAAUUUACAAGGAGAUGAUAUCAUAUCUUGGGAGUUAAAGGGUUAAAAAUUCAUAUAUUCAUGCUAUCUUUUAGGUUCAUUUCCAAAUCAGCAGAUCUCCUAUUGAAUUUCACUCAGAAAUGUAAGACCUCUAUAGAAAUCAGAAUGCCCUUUGAAAAAUGUGUGACAAUUUUCUUUUGUUUAUCGUCCAAAAACAAACAGUAGCUUCAAUUGCAAAAAUUUUGCUUUUAAUUUCUUAAUCACAAAGCAAAGAAUGCCGAAUUUGAAAGGCACUCUACCUCCAAAAUAAAACAUAAGCUAAGUAAACUGCCUCACAUAUGCAAACAGCAAAUUGCAAGAAUUUAACUUUUUCAUUGACCUUUCAGCUUUAAGAGCAGUAAUGUGAAAAUAUAUGUGUUUAUUGUAAUUAGAAGAUAUUUGUGUUUUUCUCUGUUGGAUCUAUUGGAUAAGAAGAAAAGAAGGCAAAAUUUGCCAUGAACUUGCUUAAAAAUCUUGUCCAUUUCUUCAACGCGGUCUCUGCAUCAUAUUCUGGCAAAUGAGCAUUCCAAACCAAAAUUCUUUGAUUUUUUUUCUCUCCAAAUGAUCCAAGUUUAUUUACUGAAGGUUUUCUCUUUUCUCUUUCAACUGGGAACUAGUGGUAAAAGCUUUCAAAUCCUUUUUAAAAUCCAUCACAAGAGAACUCAAAACAGCUCACAACUUUUUGAUGCUUGACAGUAAGCAACACAACUUUCUGGCUAGGAAUGGAAGACACUACUUUGUGGGGGCAUUUAUGUUUAUAUUACAGUCUUGAUAAUUUGAAUAAUAUAGGAUGCUACUUCUCUUCGUAAGUGAACCUUGGGAUGACACGAUAGGUCAAGGGGUUUUGGGUUAUAAAUAGAAAUGAAACAACAGACAGUAUAUAAACAACAGAAGUUUGGAGUUCAUUAACAAAAAUGGCUAGGAAGUGCACCCAUCCCAUGAACACUUCCCUCAUCAAUUGCUUUCAAAGGCUUCUGAUUAAUUUCAGAGUUGUAAAAAUGUGCUAAGAGCUGUCAGACUUGAAGCUAUUUAUUUUCUUAGAUCGGACUUUUGUAAAUUUCGAUCGUGAUCUGGCACAUGCUUAUGGGAAGGUCCAAGCAUUGAUGACUUACAAAUGCACUUCAUUCAAAGGUCUCUCCAUAAACCUUGCAAAAUGCCCUUUUCUAUUUUAUGCAAAUCAAAAUUGAAAACAGUUGGCAAACAAAACUUGAAUGCAUAAAAUGUCUGCAGUCAUUCUUUGGAAUUCAUACUUUACACGCACCAGUAAAAGAUGGCUGUGUGUAAAUUACAAUGCCAAUAACAAGAAGUAAAAUGCUAACUUUGGCCUACAAUCAUCAAAUAUGCUUGUUCAAGGUCUCUUAAAGCUCUGAAAAUGCUCUGUUUUAAUAAAUACAAAUCAAACUUGAGAACAUUGAGCAAAAAAACUUGAAGGCAUAAAAUGUUUUCAAUUAUUCUUUGUAGUUCAUUGACAUGUAUAAACAAAAGGGAUACACGUGUAGAUGCUGCCACUCAAGGUCGCUUAAUUGUGCUAUUGUUUCAUUCCAUAGAGUCUUCCUCCAGGAUGAUCUCACCUUUCCUGAACACAUUAAUCCAAACUUAGUGGUUACACUUUUGGCAGGUCUACGUGGCCCCUUAAAAUGAAUACCCAAAGGAAUAAAUCAAGCCUUCUAUGCACAAAUUCCUGCGGUAACACCCAUUUCUGAAUGACACACUAAAACCAACAUGAAGUUGUCAUCCAAAUAAUUUCCCUGUAUACUGUUACAAAGUUAGCUGUUAAGUCAUUGUGUUACAGGCUAUCUUAGAAUUUCCCUAGAUAUUGACCCAAAUGUAGCCAUUAACCCUUAACUCCCAAGAUCUGAUUGUGAAUUCUCCCCUCUAGGUGCUACACAUUUCUGUAAAUUAGUUAUGAGAAUUUGUUUUCAGAUCAAAAUAACAAAUUCUACCUGAUAAGUUUGAGAUUACUCUCAUUACCUGUUUGCUGGGUAAUAUAAGGAUAUUAUGGGGAGAAGUUACGUGUUGAUCACUUCUGGAGUCAAAGGAUUAAGUCUUUGCUUUACUGGCUAUCUUAGAAUUUCCUAUAUACCAACACAGAUUUAGCUGUUAAGUCAUUGCGUUACUGGCUAUCUUAGAAUUUCCCUAUAUACCAACACAAGUUUAGCUGUUAAGUCAUUGUGUUACUGGCUAUCUUAGAAUUUCCCUAUAUACCAACACAAAUUUAGCUUUUAAGUCAUUGCGUUACUGGCUAUCUUAGAAUUUCCCUAUAUACCAACACAAAUUUAGCUGUUAAGUCAUUGUGUUACUGGCUAUCUUAGAAUUUCCCUAUCUAUCAACACAAAUUUAGCUGCUAAGUCAUUUCAUUACUGGCUAUCUUAGAAUUUCCUAUAUACCAACACAAAUUUAGCUGUUAAGUCAUUGUGUUACUGGCUAUCUUAGAAUUUCCCUCUAUACCAACACAAAUUUAGCUGCUGAGUCAUUUCAUUACUGGCUAUAAUUUUGCUAUAAACUGACACAAAGGUAGCUGUUAAGUCAUUGCAUUACCAGCUAUCUUAGAAUUUCCCGAUAUAGGGACGUAAAUGUAGCCAUCAAGUCAUUGCAUUACUGGCUAUCUCUUGGAAUUUCCUUUUACAGACACAAGUCAUUCUGCUACUAGCUUUUUCAGAAUUUCCUAUCAUACUGACACAAGUGUAGUAGCCAUUAAGUCAUUGCAUUACUGACUCCAUUAUGGUCAGUAAUAUCAUAUAUGAUCUGACAGACUUAGUGGCUUCAAGAAAUGCUUGUAUAUAUAGACAAAUGAAAUUACAAAUUUUGCCAUUAUCUUAAUGCCAAAUUUUACCUUAUGGUACCACAUAGUCACUUCAAAGUGGCCCCUUUAUGGGCUUAACAAUUUCCAAUGAUGUGGCCACUUGUAUUGGGACUUCAUGUGAUUAGUUAACCAGCUCAGGGCAUGAAAUUAAUUUUUUUUCUGAAUGCUCCUAAAUUCUUCAAAGUGGGAGCCAAUUCAAAAAAAGUUGGUUGCCAUUUUCAAAGACAAACAAGAUGGCAUCUAGUUAUUGAUCGAGAUGCAUGUGCUGCAUUUUGGAAACAAACUUAACGAGGAAGUUUGCCGCGGAUUUAUCUUCGCAAAUCUUUUUAAUUCACGAUAUCUCUUGGUAAGGUUAUGAUGAAAUAUUCUAGUUGCCAAUUUGGCGACUAAUUUUCAGGAUUUGGUUGCCAAAGGGAAAAAUUUAGUCGCAUUGGCGCCUGUAUUAGGCGCAAUUUCACGCCCUGCAGCUAUGCAAAAGAUGCCUUUAUCUGUUAUUUGAAACAUCCUAGGACAUUCACAGCAUGUUGAAGGACCAUAAUUGAUACAUGUAUUUGUUCCAAGAGCUGUUCCCUUCAGAAUAUUAUAUAAGACAAUUCUGAGAUCUAAGGAUGGGGAUUGCACAGCUCAGAAAGACCAGCUUUCAUUUAUUAAGAAAAAAGUCUUCCUUGCAGCUGAAACAACUGGUCGUGCGGUUGUUGGUGGGGCUGCCUUGUUUGGUGUGGGAGCCCUUUGUUAUUAUGGCUUGGGAUUGUCCAAUGAGAUGGGUGCAAUUGAUCGUGCUAUGGUAUGGCCUCAGGUGGUACGUGAUCGUGUGAGGUCAACUUACUCUUAUUUUGCUGGAAGUCUGGCUGUAACAGCAGUGUCAGCAUAUGUUAUCAGUCAAAGCAGAGCAGUGUUUACCUUGAUGAGGGCAAGUCCAUGGCUGGUAAGUAAUUGAGCAUGUUAACGUAUGCCCUAAUCAGCCUUUUAUUUUCCUGUGUUUGCAAAAAAGGGCUUCAACUUAGGUGUUUUGAUGAGUGACAAGUCAGCAAGCACUCACUUGCAGCUCAUGAUUUUUGUUCACGUUACAGAAGUAUUGUUUAAUUGCUUUGUGGAGUGAAACCAUUUUGUUGAUAAUCAACAGGUUGUGGGUGGAGGGAUGAUCGCUACAAUAGGCAGCUCUAUAUUGUGUAUGAGUUUGCCAUAUGAAGCAGGGCUGAAUGCAAAGCACAUUGCUUGGGUUGGUAAGUUAACAAAUAUUCUAAUGUGAUCAUAUGCAAAAUUUGGUCUCAAUGUACAUGCAAACUGUGGAUGAUUUUUACAUAUUGUAAAACAAACAAUAUUAGCUACUGGUACUUUUACUUAUUGACUGAGGGUGAGAUUGUGAUCAUAAUGGACAAAGCUUCAACUAAGGCCUUACUGUAUUGACCACAUUAUGGCAAGUUCAAUUCAGCCAUGCCUAAGUGCUUGAUUUUCAUCAACAAGAAAUGGUCAAUGUUAAAAUUUAAUAUUUCCCAUAAAGCAAAAUGGAUGCAAGCAAAAGCUAAAACUUUAUAUCCUUUUAAAUGUAUAUAUAUCCUUUCAUUCAUUUUUUUUCUAUUUGCACAAGUCAAGUGCACCAAGGUGAACUCUUUCAAAAAAGGUUAAUUGUAGUUUUGCAAAAACUGAUUACAGUUGUACAUAAAAAAUCAAACAAUACCUAUGAGAUUGUUACAAAAUUCAGUGAGAGAAAUUUAUUAAUAAUUUCAUCAAUCAACAACAAAGGACUCUAGAUGUAAGAGGUAAAUUAAUGCAGCAGGAUGCACUGUUAAAAUACUACCGUGCUGUUAUAAAUUACUAUGUAACCAAAGUUUCACAACAUCAUGACUUGUAUGUUGCAGUUCCUUAACAAAAAUAAUUUAAUAAUGGAAAUUAGGCAGAUCUGUCAGUCUCAUAACAACUUAUUAUCAGUUAUGAUAAUUCAUUACCAAUUUUGAUAUAGAAAAGUUACUUUAAUGUUUGUGCAGUGGUUAAGUUGAAAGUUUAAUUUAUUUGGUGUCUGAUUGUGUCCAGGUCACAGUGCACUUAUAGGCACCCUUAUCGCCCCUCUCAUGUUACUUGGAGGUCCAUUAGUGCUGAGAGCUGCUGCUGUGACUGGUGGUGUCGUUGGGGCCUUGUCUCUGACAGCUGCCUGUGCACCUGAUGGUAAAUUUCUGUCAUGGGGUGGACCGUUGGCCAUCGGCCUUGGUGGUGUGUGUAUGGCAUGCCUUGGUAUGUGUUUAUUAUUUUCUUGUAAUACAUGCUCGGUUGGUACUCUAUGAGCUUUAUGUUUAUAUGAUUAUUAACUAAUUUACCAAAUGCCAACACUGGAAAAUGCAAUCCAUGCAAGUUUGUUAAAUGUUUCCACUUCAUUGUAACUCUUAUCAAGAAACAUCACAUACUCUCAAUACCGUAUUGUACAGCAUGUGUAUAAAGAGAAUCCUUUCUUUUAUCAUUGCUUAAAUUUGCGCUGUUGUGAAAAGCUCCUUCCUUUGAUCCGAUAAAUCCUGGAUGGUAGCAAUGAUUGUUAGUUAUAAUUUUCUUCUCAAAACUUUUAACCUUUAACAGUUGCUGUCAUAUGGCUGUGAAGUGAAUGUGUUACUUUAUUAAGCUUGAGAAACAGAUUGUAUGACUGUGUGUACUUUCAGGUACAUUGUUCCUGCCAGCAAGCUCCAUGGUGGCUGUAGGUUUGCAGUCUGUGGUUACAUAUGGUGGGCUUGUCAUCUUUGGAGGAUUCAUGUUGUAUGACACACAGAAGAUCAUCAGAAAGGCAGAAACAUAUCCUUUGUAUGCUGCCGUACCAUAUGACCCCAUCAAUGCGUAAGUGCAGUCAUGUACUUAUAACUACCCAAAAAAUAAUCAAUAUGUAUAUAAAGGACAAAAUAUUAUGUUUAAUUGUCACACUACCUGAGCUAGGAAACAUGUUGCCAAAACUAGCCAUCCAUUAAGUUUCGUUUCACAAUACCAAAUAGAAUAAAUCUCUAUUUGAUUUAGACAUGAAUGACAGGAUUUGUUUCUAUGUCAAUAAUUUUGCCCGUGUUUUCAUUUCAUAUUGUGUUCUUUUGAAUUACAUAAACGUUGCACUGAAGAAACAACUAUGAAUAUUUUCCUUUGGUCAGGUCAAUUGGGAUAUACAUGGACACCAUCAACAUCUUUAUCAGAAUUUUGACCAUCAUGGCUGCCUCAAACUCACGCCGAAAGUAA